CCCCAACCCAAGAUCCUUCAGCAACCCAACACCAAACCCACCCUUACAACAGCAGCCAUGGCCCCCCCUCCCAAAAAGCCCAACAUCCUAGUAAUGGUCGCGGACGACCUGGGCUUCAGCGACACCGGCCCCUACGGCAGCGAGAUCGCGACGCCUUACCUAGACCGGCUGGCGCGGGAAGGGCUGCGGAUGACCGACUUCCACACGGCGGCGUCGUGCUCGCCGACGCGGGCGAUGCUACUGUCGGGGACGGACAGCCACAUUGCCGGGCUGGGCGCGAUGGCGGAGUGGAUGAACAAGGCGCCGGAGGUGUUUGCAGGGCGGGCGGGGUACGAGGGGUAUUUGAACAAAAAGGUGGCUGCGAUGCCGGAGGUGCUGCAGGAAAACGGGUAUUUUACGGUCAUGAGCGGGAAAUGGCAUUUGGGCUUGACCAAGGAGCUGGCGCCGUGCUCGAAGGGGUUUGAUCGGAGCUUUACGUUUCUGCCCGGGGCCGGGAACCAUUAUAACAACGAGCCGCAGCUCGAGGGAAAGCCUACGGCGCUGCUCAAGGGCGAGGGACGGGGCUUUUGGAUGGAGAACGAGCGGUUCUUGGACCCGCAUGAAGAGGUCCCGAAGCCGUUUUACUCGUCGACGACGUUCACCGAGAAGCUGAUUGGGUUUCUGGACGAGCGGACUGGGGAGGAGAGGGAGAAGCCGUUCUUCGCGUACCUGCCGUUCACUGCGCCGCACUGGCCUUUGCAAGCACCUCGCGAAAAGAUAGACAAGUACCGCGGCCAAUACGACGACGGCCCGCACGCCCUCCGCGACAGAAGGCUCGUGGCGCUCCAACGCGAAGGCCUCGUCCCCGCGGACGUGAUCCCCGCGCCACUGCACACGAUGCGCCAAAAGCCCUGGGAUGAGAUGAACCCAGAAGAGCAAAAACGGUCCGCGCGCGCCAUGGAGAUCUACGCAGCCAUGGUCGACGUCAUGGACGAGAACAUUGGCAAAGUGCUCUCGUACCUGACCUCGACCGACGAGCUGGACGACACGUUCGUCGUGUUCAUGUCGGACAACGGGGCCGAGGGCAACAUGCUCGAAGCAGUGCCAGUGCUCGCGGGCGCGACGCUGGACGCCGUGAUCGCGAAAUACUACGACAAUUCGUUCGAGAACCUCGGCAACGCCAACUCGUUCGUGUGGUACGGGCCGCAAUGGGCGUCGGCGGCGACGGCGCCGUCGCGAGGCGUGAAGUCGUAUUCGACCGAGGGCGGGAUCCGAUGUCCCUGCAUCGUGCGGUACCCGGCGGGGCUGAAGCGGGCGGGGGGCAGCAUAUCGCACGCCUUCACGACGGUCAUGGACGUGCUGCCGACGGUGCUGGAGCUGGCCGGGCUCGCGCACCCGGCGCCGUGGUUCCAGGGCCGGGAGGUCGCGGGGCUGCGGGGCCGGUCGUGGGGCGCGCUGCUGGCGGCCGCGGAGGACGACGUUGUGGCCUACGACGAGGAGGCGCCCAUUGUCGCGUGGGAGCAGAUCGGGGUGGCGGCGGUGCGGCGCGGGCAGUGGAAGGCCGUGUUUCUGCCGCCGCCGAAGGGCAAGGGCGGGUGGGAGCUGUACGAUUUGUCGCGGGACCUGGGCGAGAUUGACGAUUUGUCGGAGCGGGAGCCGGCGAAGCUGAAGGAGAUGAUGAAGUAUUAUGAGACGUACUUUCAGGAGACGGGCAUGUUUGACUCGUAUGAGUUGUAUUAUCGGGCGGUCAAGGCGAAUGGGAAGAGGCCGCCGGUUUGGUAG